AUGUUCGACAACGAUACUUCACCCGACAAAGACGGCAACCUCUUUUCCGUCAUACUGGGUGUCGUUGUCACCUUGUCGACGCUGUUCACGGCCCUGCUGUUGACUCUGCCCAGCCAGUAUGAUCCAUACAAGGACAAGCCGCUUAGGUUCGUGGGCGAGGAUGGAGAAGAGAUCAAGAUGAAGACAAAAGAUGGGAAAGACCCUGUAAACUGGAAGCAGGGACGUUCGGUGCAGGUGGUGGUGCUGGGAGACAUUGGGCGGUCGCCGCGUAUGCAAUACCACGCUCUUAGCAUUGCUAAGCACGGCGGAAAGGUGUUUCUCGUCGGCUAUCAAGAGUCGGAUAUCCUUCCAGAUAUCGUCUCAAACCCGUUGAUUGAGGUUAUCCCACUCGCACCAGCACCCAGCUUCCUGCGUUCGAGCAGCAAGCUUCUGUUUCCCAUUCUGGCGCCUCUCAAGGUCCUUUGGCAAAUCUGGUCUUUGUACCGCGCGCUAGGAUACCGCUCUAAACCCGCAAGAUGGACACUCGUGCAAAACCCGCCUUCAAUACCAACGCUUGCUAUAGCCAGCCUGGUGUGCUUCUUACGACGUACUGACCUGGUCAUUGACUGGCACAACUUCGGGUACACCAUCUUGGCCAUGAAACUUGGCGACAGUCACCCUCUCGUGAAGGUAUCUGAGAAGUACGAGAAGAUCUUCGCAAAGGCUGCAUCGCAUCACAUCACGGUGACCAACGCUAUGGCUCGUGUGCUAAAAGCCGACUACGGUGUCACAGCAGAAGCACUCCACGAUCGCCCAGCCUCCAUUUUCCAACCCAUCGAAUCUCAACAGCGUAAGGAGUUCCUCGCCAGACUACCGGAAACGGCAGAAUACGCCGCAGAUCUUUCUCCAGCCUCGGACACUCCCUGGAAACUCAUCGUUAGCGCAACAUCGUGGACUGCUGACGAAGACUUUUCGCUUCUCCUUUCUGCUCUGGUUGCCUAUUCCGCUGAAUGUACAUCGAAGACCUACCUUCCAAAGAUCAUCGCCAUCAUCACUGGAAAAGGGCCACAGAAGGAGUACUAUCUUUCCAAAAUCCGGCAACUCAACCAGCAGAAGAAGCUGUUGAAUGUCGUCAUCAAGACAGCAUGGCUCUCGCAUUCUGACUACGCUCUACUCCUUGCAUCGGCUGAUCUGGGGAUUUCUCUACACACAUCGUCUUCUGGCGUGGACUUACCAAUGAAAGUAGUCGACAUGUUUGGCGCAGGCUUACCCGUCGUAGGGUGGGGAAAGUUCGAGGCCUGGCCUGAGCUCGUCAAGCAGGGUAUGAAUGGACUAGGCUUCCAAAGCUAUGAAGAGCUCGCUUUACAUCUGGUCACAUUCUUCGGUAGCGACACAAGACUAAGGGAGACUCUGAAAGAGGGUGCGCUCAAGGAGAGCGACCAUCGGUGGGAUGAAGAGUGGGACGGGGUAGGCGGGAAACUGUUCAAGCUGACAUAG